AUGAGCAUCUGCGCUUCCUGCCGUCGCAUGCUCCUCUCGCGCUUCGUCCGCCCAUCACCACACCCACCGACAUCCACACCACGAAACAUCCAUCCGCGCCGCGGCAUAGCAACUGCCGCCACCGUCCCAUCAACACAUAACGCCGCACCUAGCACCCCACUGCCCUCCACCACGUCUCCAACCACUCCUGCACCCACCAGCAGUUCUCCUCCAACAUCCUCCCAACCCUUCAGCACUCCCCACAUUGCCCCUCAACCCACCAUCCCCGCCGCCAUCGCCGACCUCCGCGGCCACGCAGCACCAGGCCUGAAAAAGACGCCCUCGAGCUGCAUAGCAGGCACGCCCCUCAAAGGCCUAAACUACAUCAAAGGCUCACCCGUACUCCUCGCAAAGGAAGACGACGAGUACCCAGACUGGCUAUGGCGAGUCCUCGACGACACCAAAACCGGCGCCGAUAACGAGACGGGAGCAUUAGGAAAACACAGCUCGCCGGUACAAAUGACGAAACCCCAACGCGCCCGCUACGAGAAAAAGCAAGAAAAGCUGCGCAAAUCCCUCCCCAAGAGGAUCCCCCUGCACGAGCAAUCCAUCGAUUUGACGCCCGCGAAUGCCACGGCGGAGCAGAGCUUGGAUGCGAGGCAGGCGUUGACGAAGAGUGCAAGGGAUGCGAGGCGGAAGGCGAUUCGGGAGCGGAAUUUCUUGGUCAGUAUGUAG